UAAAGCCCACAGUCGUCCGCUGCUCUUGUGUUUGUCUUGAAAGCAAUCAUGUUGGCGACUCUCGUGAAGUUAGACCUGGCCUCUGUAGGCCUGGCUCUGUUUCUGGGCUUGAUCUUUCUGGUUCUGUUCGAGAUCAUCAGGAUUAAUUCCUACAGAAAUCGAACUCCUCCUGGUCCCAGACCUCUGCCGUUUGUGGGUACCUUACCAUACUUUCUGAAGAACCCAAUGGCGUUUCUGAGAUCAAUGCCUCAGUAUGGAGAGAUGGCCACGGUGUAUCUCGGGAGGAAGCCAGCGAUACUCCUCAAUACAAUCCAGGUCACGAAGGAAGCCCUGGUCCAAAAUGCUUCAUCUUUUUCAGGAAGGCCACCUGUACCACUUCCAAACUGGAUCAGUAAUGGAUAUGGCAUAAUAAUGGUCACAUUUGGUCACGCCUGGAGGCAGCAGAGACGGUUUGCUUUGCACACACUCAGGGACUUUGGCCUGGGAAAGAAGUCUAUGGAGGAACGCGUGACAGAGGAAAGCAGCUAUCUGCUUUCUGAAAUGCUCAAAUCAGAAGGCAAGCCUUUCGACCCCCAACAUGCAAUAGAAAAUGCUGUUUCCAACAUUAUCUGUUCCAUCGUUUUUGGGGAUCGGUUUGACUACGAUAACAAGCGUUUCGCCUACCUUCUGCAAAUCCUGAAGGAGAACAUCAAUUAUUCAGGGUUAAUUGUUGGGCAGGUGUUUAACUUGCUUCCCAUCAUCAAGCAUUUCCCAGGGCCACACCAGAAAAUCUAUCAGAACGGCGAAGACUUGAAGGCUUUCUUCAGGGAAUCAGUCAAAGCGCACCGAGAAACUCUGGAUCCAGACAGUCCUCGAGACUUCAUUGAUGCCUACCUGCUGGAGAUUGAGAAACAAAAGUCCAACGAGGACUCCACGUUUCAUGAGGAGAACAUGAUUAUGUCAAUAGCUGAUUUAUUCCUGGCUGGAACCGACACCACAGCGACCACCAUCAGAUGGGGGAUCAUCUACUUGACACAAAACCCAGAUGUACAAGAGCGAUGUCAUGAGGAGAUCGUUCAGGCGUUGGGUUACGACCGCUUUCCCAGCAUGGAUGACCGUGACAAACUACCGUACACAUACGCCACUGUUCAUGAGUUUCAGCGCUUUGGCAACAUUGUACCAACUAGCGUGAUUCAUGAAACAACCCAGCCCACAAAACUACGAGGAUACGACCUUCCCAAGGGCACCGAGAUACUGACCAACUUAACGGCAAUUUUAACUGAUAAGGAGCACUGGAAGUAUCCAGACACUUUUAACCCAGAGAAUUUCUUAGACGAUAAUGGAAAAUUCUUCAAACCAGAGUCUUUCCUCCCUUUCUCAUUGGGUCCGAGGGUAUGUCUCGGUGAGACUCUUGCUAAGAUGGAGCUCUUCCUCUUCGUCACUUCUCUCUUGCAGCGGAUUCGUUUCUCCUGGCCACUUGGUGAGCAGCAGCCAGACAUGAAUGGCAUUGUUAGUGUGAUCCGCUCUCCUCAGACAUACAACAUCAUCUGCCACAGCAGAGGCUCCUAAGAUUGACCAUCAGGAACCUUUCCUGCAUUCAUGGAGUUUCCAAAGCUUCUGGAGCUGAUUUAGACAGCUUUAAAACUUGAUGUUAAUGUUUUAGCUAAGGAAUUAUAUUCUAGAUUAAUAGUUAUGGGUGCUGU